AUGUCAAGAAAACACUUCAUCGACGGCGAGGAUGCCAAGGAUCUUGUCCAGGACGCUCUCAGAGGUCUCACUGUUCAGCAUCCCGAGCUUGUGCUUGAUGUGGCAAAUAAAACUGUCUACAAUUCCAGACACGAUUCGAACGAAUGUGUGUCUGUCGUGUCAGGAGGCGGCGCUGGUCAUGAACCCGCGCAUGCCAUGCUAGUAGGAAAUGGAAUGCUUGCCGCCGCAGUCUCGGGGAAUAUAUUCGCAUCUCCUGGAGUGCCCCAGAUCUUCCAAUGUAUUCAGAGGAUACACGGUACUGCGGGGACAAUUGUCGUCUUGAAAAACUACACAGGCGACGUUUUCCACUUCAGCCUAGCCAUUGAGAAGCUCCGCGCAAAUUUUGGUGCGCGUGUAGAGAUUGUGGUUGUCGGUGACGAUGUCGCUGUUGGUAGGAGAAAGGGGGGCAAGGUUGGCAGGCGAGGACUAGCAGGCACUGUUCUCAUGCACAAGAUCCUUGGCUCCAUGGCUGUGUCGAGAGAGAGUAUCGAGAAGUGCAUGGCCAUGGCGGCGCAGGUCAACAAGGGCUUGGCGACCAUGGCCGUGUCUCUAGACCAUGUUCGCAUACCCGGUCAGCCGCUCAGCGAAACCGAACUGCAGGACGAGAUAGAACUCGGCAUGGGUAUUCACAACGAACCGGGCUCGAUGCGACUCAGGCCCCAGCCUGAAAUCAAGCAGGUUGUGGAGAUUGUCUUGAGCCGUCUCUUGGACACCAACGACGAGGAUAGAGGUUUCGUCGACUUUUCGGGAGCUGAGGAUGUCGUUCUAAUGAUUAACAAUCUAGGGUCGCUGUCAGUCCUGGAGCUAUCAGCCAUCACAUGGAAGAUUCAUGAGCACUUGGGACGCCGAGGAAUUAAGCCGUCGAGGACCUAUAGUGGCACUUUCAUGACCAGUCUCAAUGGCCCAGGCUUCAGUGUUACUCUUCUCCGUGCCAAUGCGGAAAUGCUAAGACAUUUGGACACUGCUACAGAUGCACCCGGAUGGCCAGUAUCUGUCAUUGCCUCCCGGACGGCUGAUCCAGAAAGGUCAAUUUCGCUCUCAUCUUUACCUCUCUCAACGGGAAUCAGGAAUGAAAGUAAUAAAAUUGGACCCAAAGUCGACUACGACUUGUUCAGACAAUGUGUCAUGAGCGCUUGUCAGGCUGGUAUAGCUGCCGUCCCGAAUAUAACCAGAUACGAUACCAUAGUAGGAGACGGGGACUGUGGUAUAACUCUUCAGCGCGGAUGCGAAUCGGUUUUGGGGCUAUUGAAAAGAGAUCAGGAAGGCAAGGGUGAGACCGCCUUGACACAUAUUUUGCGCAUCGCGCGGGCAGUAGAAGAGAAUAUGGAUGGGACGUCUGGUGCCAUAUACGGACUUUUUGUCAACGGGCUUGCCGCAAGUAUACGUACGAUGGAGUCGGAAAAACGGAUGGGACAUGAACAGUGGGUUCGAGCCGCGCACGGAGCCUUGUUCGCAGUCCAAAAAGUAACCCCGGCAAGAUCAGGGGAUAGGACACUCAUGGAUGCACUUGAGCCAUUCAUUGCUGCAUUGACGAAGAAUGGUGUCGACGCUGCUUUGCAGGCAGCUGCCCAAGGAGCGGAGUCGACAAAAGGGAUGAGGCCAGCAUUUGGAAGGGCAGUCUAUGUGAACGAAGAGGGAUGGGACCAAGUACCUGACCCGGGAGCUGUUGGGAUCGUCGCUCUGGUAGAGGGUCUCCUCAAGAACCUACAGUGA